AUGAUAACACCGUCGAGUAUUGCUGGUAGCUUUGGUGGGGCGAUCAAUAUGACCGCUAGUAGUAUCGCACCAACGUGGACGACUCAACCACCCACUGGUCGUUCAACUACUGUUACGUUACAGCAACUUAGUGGCUUUAGUAUGCGCAACUUAUCGAUUAAUGGUACAAGUGGUGAUUCCUUACUUAACGUUUAUUUUAAAUUAGUGAUAGACGGUCGGAUUGUGUAUGAGAGUGAAGUAGCACGCAAUACGCUAAAUCCUGUGUGGGUGCCAUUCCAGUCGGAGGAUGAGAGUGGUAGUAACGGAUUGACAGGAAUCGAAACGCUGCUGACUGGUGGAACUAGAUUUGACAUUGUCGUCGUGCGUGUGCAUGAUCGAAAGGCAGUAAAGAGAUCACGACGAAAGUCAUGUGUGACAAGUGAUCGUUUGUCCUUUGGAGACGAUCACCCCAUUAACAAUUCACGAUCGUUUGCUGACGCGAAAACUAGUUUUGAUGAUGUUGAUGAUCUGGGCACAAACGAUGGAAGGACGGACUCGGAAACAUCGACGCAGGCUGGCAGUAUGAAUGGAAACGGCUCGAAAGUAUUUGAGGAAGAUAUUAUGAGUCUUAGUUUUGGAGUGCGAGAACUCGAACCAUUGCCUGUAGCUCUUACAGAUUUGACGAAUCUGCCACUAAAUACUUGCUUGUUCGAGUUUUCAGGCCACAUGUACGUGCAUCGUGAAGUGCUUGAGCUCUUAUUUGAAAAGGGUAUUAUUGCGGUCAAACACUCGAGGAGAAAAGGGUCAGCCAUACCGUUGAAGGACUACAGCUUACAUGCAGGUGUGGAUGCACUCGAACAUAUUUUGACGACCAAACAAACGAUUACCGAGCUGACUGCUAAGAAUGCAGAGCUGAAGGAACGAAUUCGGAACAGAUUGCUACACUCUCAACAGCGAAUUGCGCGCGAACAGCAGCGUACGACGCUCGAGGAGCGUGUACGCGUGACAAGGGCGCGAGUGGGAGAAAAACAGCACACUUUGGCGCGGCUUAAAGCCGUGAUGGAGGACGAGCGCAGAACGUUUGAGACUGAUAUUCAUAUUGCGAAGGCACUUGUGAGCACAAUGCAGAUGACUAUGCGGUACAAGGAAGAACGCCAAAACAUCCUUGAACGUCGAUGUGAAGUAUUGCGUGCUGCGCAUAAGAUUCGUUCUCGACAAGCAAUGCUCGUGAAGCAGCUCGGCACUGUAUACCCCAUCGAAUAUGUAGGUGCUGGCGAGUACAGUAUCCGUGGAAUUCGUAUCGCCAACUCAGACCUCACAGGUGGCGGCGGCAGAGCAGAUGAGGAAAUGAUUUCGACAGCUUUGGGAUACAUUGCACAUUUAGUGUUUAUGCUUAGUAAGUAUUUGCAUGUAAAUCUCCGCUAUCGUGUAGUGCCAUAUUCGUCGCGUUCAUUUCUUAAGGACGAGAUCAAUGACCCUCAAGGCGAAUACCCAUUGUACAAGAGAGGCGUUGAAAGAGAUCGCCACGAGAAGGCAAUUCGUUUUCUUCGUAAAGAUGUGGAGCAGCUCCUAUUUGCUCGAAGUUUAGAUCCGACACAGGAAGCACCAAUCCUCGCUCGACUAAAGGAGCUCACAGAUGCCGAGAGUGCAUGGCUUGCAAUCAGCAAUGCAAGCAGUAUGAACGGCUCUGACACGGGUGCGAUUGUGCCCAGGUAG